CUGUCUUUCACUUUCCGUGGGUGUCCCUAUCCUAAGUCCAGCUGUGGGUCAGUAGGCAUUACAUAAACACUCUUUUGGCUAAGGUUGCUAACUUUCCAUGUCACCUGGGUCCAGAUGAGGACCAAGACUGACCUUUGACCAGUCUAGCUCCAGCCCAGGAAUAUGGACUAGGCCUCCCAUGGGGCACUGACCAAACCUUCCUGAAGGGCUACUGGCUAAGGUCCCAAAGAGUAAAGCUGUGCUCCAUGUCCAUGUCAGGUAAGGCCUCAGAAGAGGCUGGGCAGGGACCCUUACCCUUCCUACAUCUCAGUGGGUCCAGAUGCACUUGUUGGAAUACCUACUGUGUGCUGAGUAUGUACCAGGCCUGCGGGAAACAGAGCUGGUGACAUCAUCAGGGUUGUUAAAGGUUCACCUCUGCUGUCUCAUCCUCCUCCAACAUAAUAUUUGUGUACAUGUAUAUGCAUGCGUGUAUGUGUACAUAUAUGUGCAUGUGUACACAUUUAUGGAGGUAGAAGGAGUCAGGAAACAGGUUAUUACACAUUUUGCAAAGGAAGCAGUAAACUAUAAGUAGGAGUCAGGCCAUGCCGUCUCUGGGGAGCUCUCUGGAGGACAAGUUCCCUCACAGGAACUGUCAGUGUUUUGCAGAGCCUUCUCUUUUCCUUUAUUGCCAGUCAAUGUCCCAGGGACCCCUAGAACAGGAUCUACACAUAUUACAGAAGCUGUACUAGUGAGGAGGAUGUGUAGGAGGGUCUCCGUCCUGUGCUGGGAACUGCACAUUGAGGCUGUGAGGGAUGGUGCGAUGCAGCAUGCAUGUCCAGGAAUCUGGAGUUGCCUCCACCAUAAGACAGUCAGUUGGGUUGAUUUUGAGGUAUAGAAGACAUGGCUCACCUAAUAAAAGUAGCAAGCAGCCUGUCAUGAGGUAAACAGAAGAAAUACAAAACUUACCCGUGCUUUAGAAGUGUAUAGUACAAUGUAAUAUGUGACCAGGGCAAGUAGACAGAGCUCAGGGUUUAAGCAAGGUGGCACUGGGCAGGCUGCUUGGCUGAAAGACGGGUGCAGAUUUGGCCAAUGUCUCGCCUUUACUGGCAUGAGUUACUGAGGUGGCUAAUCUUGCUUGCUGACUUGACUAGAUCAGCAAUCAACUAAAAUGCAAGCUGCUGGGAACUUCUGUGUGGGAUUUUCUUGAUCAGAUUCUUUGAAGCAAGAAGAACCACCCUGAAUGUGGGCAGCACCUUCGGGUGGCACCCAGACAAGAGGAACAGAAGAAGAAGCUUUGACUUUCGCCUGCUUGCCCUCACCCUCGCUGGAAGUUUCUUCUAUAAUGUUGCUGUAGCAUUCUGUCACCAGUGUUAGAACCGGAGCCCAGAAGCAAUCCUGCCUCCUCCAGCCCCAGAAUGGGACAGCUGAGACAGCCUAGUAGACUGAACCAUGACCAGAUUCUUGGCCUCUCUGACAUGAGACAGCCAUUGUUGGACUACACAGACCACAUCCUCUAAGCCAUGGUGCUCAGUGUGAGGAUGACUGAGCAGGUAGUGUCCAAAAGACCACUGACCAGAACAGUUGUCUCCUGAGCCCAUCCUAUGAAUGAGCCAUGUUGGCCUACCCUAUAACAUUCACUGGCCCAUGUCCCAGAAUUCUCUGGGCCCUCCUUCUUCUGGUUGUCUCCCUGAAUGCCCAUAAUCAAAACUGGGACAACCCCAGAUGCACUGAAGUAGUGUCUGCACCCAGAGGCAACUGUGUGGAGAUGGCCUGUAACAUCUCUAACACUUUCAGAGAUAUCACCAUUGAGCUGACUGCCAAUGGAAAGACCACGACCAUCUUCAACAAAAAGCCCCCGGGAAACUAUUCUAAUGAUUCAUGGCAGCUUCAGAUUCAAGGAGGCCAGGCCCAGCUGGUGAUCACAGAUGCCCAGGACAUCCACGCAGGGUCGUACUUGUGGCAACUGAAUGGACGCCAGAGAAGAAAUAUGUACCUCAUCCUGAAUGUUACUGAACUAGCCACUGCCAACCAGGAUCCAGAGAGCUUGGAAGUCAGUGCUGAGCCUCCAUCUGCAGUGAGCAAGGAAGUCGGCAUCAUCGUCGUCGGCGUCUUCAGCAUCAUCAUCAUAAUAGGAAUCAGUGAAUUUGCCUGGUACAAGCACUCCCAUCUCCUGAGGUGCCACAGAUUUGUAGUCCCAGGGCCUUCAAAAGUUUCCUGGUAUCCCCUACCUGACACUGCCUAAGAUCUCCCAAGUCCUGCCCCAAAAGGUACUCAAGGGGCCUUAUUAGUUCCGGAGAGCAGAGUACAGAGAGCCUCGACUGGCUAUGGCUGACAAUCCAAGCCCUGACUUGGGACAGGUUCACAGAAAUCCUCUGUCCCCAAGCCCUUGCUUUGACCCUGGGACACCCAGAGAACAGAAUGAGGUCUGUACUCUUCAGGUUCCUCCCAGGACUCCAGGGGAAAUUUAUAUUGAGGACAGAGCUGUGAUUUUUGAUUCAGGAUGCCCUGGAAAUUGACUGAGCCCUCCUGUACUCAAAACAUAACUCUGUUGGGAUUUGGGAGACAUCAAAGUAUUUCGGAGUAUCCCAAGUGUGUGUGGUGUACCUGGUUAUUUGUGUAAGCUGUCUGUGCUGGUCAGAUCUGUACCUCACACAGGCCCAAGCCAGGCUCUCAGGCAAUCCCCCUCUCUCCCUCCUCUCUUCCUCCCUUUCUUCUGUUCUCUCUUCUUUCCUUUCAUCCUCCCUCUCCAUCUCCC